AUGGCCACGUCGACCACCAUUCAACAGGGCGUACAACCCCUCCUCGUCACUUGGUUUAUUAUCGGCUUGGGGAUCUAUCCUAUGAAUCGAACGAAGCCAUGCUUCAGCGUUUUGUAUUCUUUGAUGCUGUGGUGCGCUUACGGCUACGUCUAUUACAGCGUAAUAAUGAUGUUUACAUGGAACAUAAUAUUUCGAAGAACCAUUUCGACAAUCCUGAAUGUGAUCAACAUGCUCACUACGUUCACGUCCAUAAUCAUCGGCUUAUGUUAUGAUAAGAAAUUAAGCACGUGCAUUAAGAAACUCGCCGCUGUGGAUGAUACGUUGGAAGAGUUGGGCAUUCCGAAAAUGUACCAAGAGAUGCACAUGUGGUUAAAACGGGUAGUAGCUGGAUGGAUCGUUUGCAUACUCUUCAUAAAUACUUACGAUUGCUACUGGUGGUCGAGAAAGAGGCAAUCUAAUUGGAUGUAUCUCAUACCUUAUAUGAUAAAUCAUUGCUUUCACGUCAAUCUAUUCGUGGACUUGACGUUUAUCUUCUUCACGUGGUAUAUAGGCACUAGAUUCGACAAACUGAACGAACUUGUACGAGGUUUGAUGGUGAGCGAGGAGCACGGCUUGAGGUGUACGUGGAAGGAACCAGUGGUUGCUGUUUACCGACAUACUUUAUAUACCAAUAAUUACAAGCGAGUGUUGUGGACCUCAAUGCAUCUUCAGCUAGAAUUAUGUCGCAUCGCGCAUGAACUGAACCUGAUAUUCGGAACGCAGAUGACUUUGGAGAUGUUGACCUAUCUCUUAUUCUUAACGAUACUGGCGUUUUAUUUUUGCAUAAUGCUGCUCGAACGGAAACACGUAUCAAUAAGGACCUGCGUCAGCACCAGUGUAUGGGCCUGUAUAUGCAUCAUACGACUCUACUCCAUUAAUUACAUUUGCGAGAGCGUCAGCGUUAAGGCUAACAAAAUUAGCGAAACAAUUCAUCAGCUGACAAUUAUUCUGCGGUACGUCGAUAUUCACCAGGAACUUUGUCAAUUCAUUUUGCAAGCGAUGCAUCAUCCACUGAAAUUCACCGGUCUAAGACUCUUUUGCUUCGGCAGCAGGUUACCCUGGAAGUUUUGUGCGUGGAUCGCAACUUUCGUGAUGCUCGUAGUACAAUGGUCUCCAGAAUUACAGGAGUACAAUGAUCUGCAAUCGAAGAUAAACAAUACUUCAAAAUCUAUUUUGAUGAGUACGUAA